UAGUCACAUAUAAACUCCGACGCUUGCCGGGGCUGGCAGUACACUUAUAUACACACAAACUUAUCGACCAGUGUGGCUGAUUAUAACUUCAUUAUACCCGACAUGCUGUCGUCUCCACCAUCCCCCAUCAGAACCCCGUUGACCCUUUCUACAGUUACCAAUGCACUCGUAAAAUUACGACGGAGCACGUCAAAGGCUGAAUCCAUCGACUCUACCUCGGGCGAGCCACAGACUCACCCCUUACUGCGAGGGGAGGGUGCUACGUCAAAACGCAAGGUCCCAUUGGUGCAGAACGACCUGUACUUCUGUAGAGAUGCAGUAGAUGUGCCAAAACUGUUGAGGGGGUCGAGAGCAAGUUUGCUCGAGAAAGCAGAGAACAUAGGUGGAAAUGUAUUAGUUGACGAAAGCUGGGAGUGUUCAAUACGUGUCCCCAGGGACAGACGACACGGAUUUUUCAAAGUUCAGGUCCGCUACAACGCCUCGGCUUCGCGAUCGUCCCUCCCAGAUCCUCAAAAACCAGUUGCAUUAGACCGAGUCCAGAAUGUGUCAGGACUCAUGACAGUCGUGGACCGCGAGGAAUCGUUACCAUGAAAGCGCAACAUCGGAGCUCUUAUGAUAGUUGUCUCUGCACUCCUUUGGGCCUGCAGACAUUUUCGUUACUAUAGCUGCAUCACCAUAAUCACACAUGCAUUGUACUCUAACAAUCACCAUAACAGCCUAGUAUUGUAUUCAUCUCAUUUAUAUCUCUUCC